UUUCACUCAGUGCACAGCAGUGGAGUCAAUUUACCAAGAAAGACGACCCUUAUGGUCACCAUCAAAACCAAAAAAACAAAACAUCAUCCGCUUGUUGGGGACUUCCGAGUGGACUCCUCGCCGGUGGACCUUGCACGCGGCGAUCCCCCCAGGCUGACAACACGCACACACACACACACACACGGAGGCUCGCUUUUCCACCCGUACAGAAGUACCACCAGCUCUGAGAAGUUUUUCCUGUAGUUUACACUCCCGGUUCCAGCGGCUUUACUUCAUCGGGGAUACUUUUCGAGAGACGAUCGGGAAGAGUUUGGCCUCUUUAUGCGCUCGUCAUCACAAGGCUGAGCGCUGCUUCUAAAAACUCAUUGCCUUUUUUUUUCUAAAUAUAUAUAUAUAUCGCUCUCACGCCUAUAUAUAUAUAUAUAUAUCCGGGCGAAUUUGUUCGGUUCAUGUCCACAAAUGUUAGCGGUCGGGCAGAUGGACGGUAACCGGCAGCAGGGCGCCUUCGUCUUGGGCAGCGCGCCGCUGGCCGCCUUGCACAACAUGACGGAGAUGAAGACGUCGCUGUUCCCCUACACGCUGCAGGGCCACCCCGCCGCAGGGGGCUUCAAGGCACCCUCGCUUACCUGCACACUAAACUCGCACCUGUCAAUGGGCACCCCGCACGGAAUUAGCGACAUCCUGGGGAGACCCAUCACCUCGGCCGGGCAGCUGCUCACCGGCUUCCCCCGGAUAAAUGGCCUGACCGCCGCCACCGCAGGGAUGUACUUCAACCCGGUGACGCGGUACCCCAAGCCCCUCACGGAGCUGCCCGGGAGAGCGCCCAUAUUCUGGCCCGGAGUCAUGCAGAACCCCUGGAGGGACCCUCGGGUUCAGUGUCCAUCUCAACCCGGCAUGAUGCUCGACAAGGACGGCAAGAAGAAGCACUCCAGACCCACCUUCUCCGGGCAGCAGAUCUUUGCCCUGGAGAAGACUUUCGAGCAGACAAAAUACCUGGCUGGGCCGGAGAGGGCUCGGCUGGCCUACUCCCUGGGGAUGACCGAGAGCCAAGUCAAGGUGUGGUUCCAGAACAGGAGGACCAAGUGGAGGAAGAGGCACGCCGCGGAGAUGGCGACGGCCAAGAAGAAGCACGACUCGGAGACGGAGAAGAUGAAGGAGAGCUCGGACAACGAGGACGACGACGAGUACAACAAGCCCCUGGACCCCAACUCCGACGACGAGAAAAUCACGAGACUUCUAAAAAAGCACAAGGCCACCAACCUGGCGCUGAUCAGCCCGUGCAGCAACAGCUCGGACACGUUGUGAUGGUGCUGUGGUGGAUCUGUGCAACAGAGACGCUCUCUCUUCUCUCUCCUCGGAGGCUUCUAAAGCUCGUCUAACCAGGGUAUCACUUCGUUUAAAGUCACAGAGAAUGGCGCUCGGUUUGGGGAUGGGGGGUUGGAGGAAAUAGGUGUGAAUUGGGUUGUAGCCUAUAAAGACGGACAUUGUAAGUGAGAUGUAUAUAUUUUUUACUGAGUAAAUUAUGUUGUUAAACCCAUGGAAACAGAAAUGUUGCAGCCCCGUUUCCCGCCAUGCUGACGCGCUUAUGCCCCCCCCCCCCAUGCUCUGCUUUGGUUUGGUUAUUGCAGAAUAAUAAUUAUAGGCCUAUUGCCGGAUUUUCUUUAAGUUUUACAAUUCUAAAUUCAGUACUGGCACACAUUGUAUAGACGCAAAUGUUGUAAAUAAUAUUGUAAAAAGCUUGUUUAACGACAUCCACCGACACCAUUUUUCCUUUAAUCAUUUAAUGGAUUUUAUGUUUUACCUCAUCAGCCAGAAAUAGAUCACUGGACAUUUGUUUAUGUUGGAAAAAGAGAGUAUUAUUGCUUCCGCCAAGGUUAUAGGAAGAAAAAAACACUUUGUAUUAUGAAUAAAUUAUUUAACAAGCA